CUGCAGGGGACCGGAAAUGACGCAUUCUAGGCUUUUUCUUUAUGCAGCAGGAACUGUGGCUCCUGGGCAAGAGGGGAGCAGUGGGUAUUGACCUUUGGCCUCAGCCUCGUGUUUGGAAAGACUCCCCCACGCUUAUCGGAAGGAAAAAGAGCCCCCGCUACUCCGUGGGGGAAAGUGCAUCUCCCCGCAGCCUUCUUCCUUCUGUAGAAUCCGUUUCCGGCCUCGGAACCUCCAGGGAGAUGUUGCUGCUGCCGUCGCUGCUGCUGCUACUGCUCCCCUUCUGCUCUGCAGUGGAGGUCAAGCGGCCCCGAGGCGUCUCCCUCUCCAACCACCACUUCUACGAUGAGUCCAAGCCUUUCACUUGCCUAGACGGCUCGGCCACCAUCCCUUUCGAUCAGGUCAACGACGAUUACUGUGACUGCAAGGAUGGGUCAGACGAGCCAGGCACAGCUGCCUGUCCGAAUGGCAGCUUCCACUGCUCCAAUACUGGCUACAAGCCCUUGUACAUCCCCUCCAGCCGGGUCAACGAUGGAAUUUGUGACUGCUGUGAUGGGACAGACGAGUAUAACAGUGGCAUCGUCUGCGAGAACAGCUGCAAAGAGAAGGGCCGUAAGGAGAGGGAGACUCUGCAGCAGAUGGCUGAGGUCACCCGCGAGGGGUUCCGCCUGAAGAAGAUCCUCAUUGAGGACUGGAAGAAGGCCCGGGAGGAGAAACAGAAAAAGCUCAUCGAGCUACAGGAAGGAAAGAAGUCCCUGGAGGACCAGGUGGAGACAUUGCGGACGGUGAAGGAGGAGGCUGAGAAGCCAGAGAAGGAGGCCAAAGAACAGCACCGGAAGCUGUGGGAAGAGCAGCAGGCUGCCUCCAAGGCCCAGCAGGAGCAGGAGCUGGCGGCCAAUGCCUUCCAGGAGCUGGAUGAUGACAUGGAUGGGAUGGUCUCGGUGGCCGAGCUGCAGACCCACCCGGAGCUGGACAUGGAUGGGGACGGGGCACUAUCAGAAGGGGAAGCCCAGGCCCUCCUCGGGGGGGACUCGCAGACAGACGUCACUGCCUUUUAUGACCGUGUCUGGGCUGCCGUCAGGGACAAGUACCGGUCCGAGGUGUUGCCCACCGAUCAGCCAGCACUUCCUACUGACGUGACAGAGCCCAAGGAGGAACAGCCGCCACCUGUGCCCUCAGCACCCUUGGAGGAGGAAGAGGAAGAGGCUGAGGAAGAGGCUGAGGAGGAGGAGGAGGAGGAAGAAGAAGAGGAAGAAGAGCCUGAGGCACAGGGAGAGCAGCCCAAGGAGGCCCUGCCCCCACUGGUGCCUCCCCCGCCUGCUAGCGCCACCGAGGAGGACAAAAUGCCACCCUACGAUGAACAGACGCAGGCCUUCAUCGAUGCUGCCCAGGAGGCCCGCAACAAGUUUGAGGAAGCCGAGCGGUCCUUGAGGGACAUGGAAGAGUCCAUCAGGAACCUGGAGCAGGAGAUUUCCUUUGACUUUGGCCCCAGUGGGGAGUUUGCCUACCUCUACAGCCAGUGCUACGAGCUCACUACCAAUGAGUAUAUCUACCGGCUCUGCCCCUUCAAGCUUGUCUCGCAGAAACCCAAACAGGGAGGCUCCCCUACCAACCUUGGCACGUGGGGCGCGUGGGCCGGCCCCGACCACGACAAGUUCAGCGCCAUGAAGUAUGAGCAGGGCACAGGCUGCUGGCAGGGCCCCAAUCGUUCCACGACUGUGCGGCUCCUGUGUGGGAAGGAGACAGUGGUGACCAGCACAACAGAGCCCAGCCGCUGCGAGUACCUAAUGGAGCUGAUGACACCGGCCGCCUGCCCUGAGCCGCCACCUGAGCCGCCCGCUGACGGCGAACACGAUGAGCUCUAGCCAGGCCCAAGCCAGGGCUGAGGUCGCUCCGCCUAGGAAAAUGCUCAGCCUCAGCGGCCCCUCCACCACUGUCCCCUCCAUCUCCCUCCUGCCCAUCUGGUCCUUCUCCUGCCCCAGAACCUCAAGGCAUGAAUGACCCAGCCCCAGCGAGCUGCAUGCCCACCCUCAGCCUGUGGACCCAGGCUGCUCCCCCAGCUGCCUUCCUCCCCCGUGGGGACAGGAACAGUGUGGGGCUGUGCCCAGCUCUCAGGGGGCUGGGCAGGGCUGAGCCACACCCCAGGCCCCAGUGGAGCCUGCCUCCCUGUGUCCUUCCUGGUGGCUCACUCUGCCGCCUGCUUGGGGCAUCUGCCUCCCCUCCUGGUGGGGGUGAGUAACUUGACCUAUGACCUGAAAACAAUAAACAUGGACACCCUCA